AUGAUUGCAGCUCGCCCCAAUUUACGUCUUUUCUCUGCGCUCUGCUCCCCCUUAGCUGUACGCCGCUUUGCGACUGAGUCGCGGUUAACCUCGGACCAUGUCCGCAUCGUUGAAGUCGGCGCUCGAGAUGGACUGCAGAAUGAGAAGAAGUCUAUUUCAAAGGAAACAAAGCUCGAAUUGAUCAAAAGGCUCGCCAAGACAGGCGUAACCACCAUUGAAGCUGGGUCAUUUGUCCCUGCCAAAUGGGUACCGCAGAUGGCAAGCACAGCUGAGAUUUGUGAGCAUCUUCUCUCAAAACCCCCGCCAGCGCAGUCUACCAUAGCAUACAAUUACCUAGUCCCCAACAUUAGAGGGCUAGAAAGCCUUGUCAAGGUCAUGGAGGAGACGGGAGUCCCCGCUGAUGCAAGUGGAGAGACAUCAGAGGCCGCCACAACAACCGAGGUGUCGCUUUUCGCAGCAGCAACGGAAGCUUUCUCUAAAGCCAACACCAACUGCACCAUUGACGAGUCCCUCGAGCGAAUUAAGCCGAUUGUUGCACUGGCAAAGACAAAGAAUAUCCGAGUACGCGGAUAUGUUUCUGUCGCACUUGGUUGUCCUUACGAAGGUCCCGACGUUAAUCCCAUUAAGGUCGCUGAAAUUACCGCCACACUUCUAGAAAUGGGAGCUGACGAAGUCUCGGUGGCGGACACCACUGGCAUGGGUACUGCUCCCCGCACCAUGGAGCUUCUGCAGGCGCUCAAAGCUGCCGGUAUCGCCAAUACAGACCUGGCAUUGCACUUCCAUGAUACAUACGGCCAGGCACUGGUGAAUACGAUCGUCGGGUUGGAGCAUGGCGUUCGCAUCUUCGAUAGUAGCGUGGGCGGCCUUGGUGGUUGCCCAUACUCCAAAGGUGCAACGGGAAAUGUGGCGACCGAGGACCUCGUGCACACAAUUCAUAGCCUGGGAAUGCAUACAGGUAUCAGUCUAGAGGAGAUGUCGAAGGUUGGAUCUUGGAUCAGCGGGGAGUUGGGGCGAGCUAAUGAUAGUCGGGCUGGAAAAGCCACUCUCGCCCGCCUUGCAGCUGAGAAGGCAAAGCUCUGA